AUGAACAACUCACCAUCUGGUUCGACCGACGAUUUGUUCAGCCUGGCCUUGAACUCCAAUACGGCUUUUUCUUUCGGCGCUGCAACCGCUGGCGAUGCACCUCUUUCGGUACAACAACAUAUCGACCGCGUGUCGGGGCUCGUGCCUGACUCUUCCCAGGCCCACUCGCGCCCUCCUUUUCUCGGUGCUCAACCGCCCGCCCAGCCUCAACCUCAACCUCAAGCUCCACUCACUCCAGCUCAACAGCUCGAAAUGAUGAACAUGAUGGUAACGCUCCAGACAAUGAUGCCAGCAAUUCAAUCGAUGCAAACGAUGUUCUCGUUUGGAUCUCAACCGGCGUCUUCCGAUACGACGCCUCGACUCUAUCCUUCGAUGUUGAGCGCCGCUUCCGCCCCCCCUGCCCCCCGUCAAUGAAGGAGCAGGAAGAACAAGCCGCUGCGAUCGCCGCCCAACUCGAAGCUCGUCGAGCCGAUCUACGGUCGAUUGGACAACGCGCGAUCGCUUUCGGCCGGACGGAAGCCAGAGCCGCGGCCGAGAAACGAGGGCCAGCAGCAUAUCUGGAAAUGCUCAAUACUGAAGGCCUAAGUCAGGAGGAACUAGGUCAGUCCCGUUGAUUCACGUUUGCUGUGUCUUGUUCCGUGUCCCAUCGCUGAUCUCUCGGCUCUCGGUUUCGCAGACUGGAUCCGCAAGCACGUGUCGUACGUAGACGACUGGUCAAAUCCCUCGGAGUUCGGCUCGACUCUUUCGACAUCCUCAACUCGCCCCUCGGGAUCGCGCUCAUCCCUUCCGCAGUCGUCGAGUCGCGCCCCGACCACCCGUGAUCCAGCUCCCGCCGCGCCGUUGCAGGACCUGACGGAGUUCAGACCCUCGACCUCGAGCCACGCAACGACGUCGCGCUCAUCUCUGCUACACGCGAAUGAUCGCAAUGGUGCUGGACAUUUGACACCAGCGGCUCGCUCGGCGCGUGGCAGGCUGAGUGGCGCUCAGACAUCGCUCAGAAAAUCGGCUUCGCACGCUUCCUCCCCCGAAUCGACACAAUCGAUGCCUACUAGGAAGGGCAAGGGCGUGGCCCACGACCCCGACACCCUCGUAUUUGGCCCGAACACGCUUGCUGGCCACGUCAAAGCUGCGAACUCCUUUAUCGUCCUUCCCAUCCUGCUGGACAAUCCGGGGUACAAAUUCACCCACAUCGGGAGAAAAUCGACCGUUCUGUCCCAGAGCCAGUUGAAGCUCGAGUUUUCCGUCGUUCGUACCGCCUGCCUUCAGUUCGACCUCGCGUUUACCCUGCCUCCGCUCCCGCUCUCGGCAUCAUCGCAAGAUGUCGAUGACGCAAUCAACAAGAAGGUUCGACGAGUUAUGGGCAACCAACAUCCGAACUACCUCAAGCGACGCGUCAGAGGUAGACGCUCAGGCGACAUUGAUGGCGAGUUUUGCGUUGCGUCCUACAAGUAAGAUCGUUACCCCGCCUCAUCUCGUGGUAGGAAGCUUGCUGACCUCUUUGCCGCACCAUAGUUUCUACUACGUGCCGGACACAAAAUCGACGACCAUUUGGGAGCCUCAACUUCUCGACGCCGUCCCAGAAGGACACAUCCGAAACGUCCGACGGCCCAACAGCUCGCAACUCAAUUUGCUGGGAGGCCGGGAGGUUGUCUCGUGCUCAUGCCCAGCCAUCGGGACCGAGACCUUAUGUCGGACGCAAAGGUGCUUGAGUUCUGCAAGGUUCUGCACAGCGCCGAGUUGCUGGCACGUCCGUUCAAGAAACGCAGCGGGGUGUCGAUUGUCGAGCGUAACGGCUUCUUCAUUCGCGACAUCUAUCGGGGCGAUCCGGAGGGGGAUGACAUACAUGAUAUUCCUUCUUUCGCCAAAGAGAACCGUCCCGCUCGACUCCGGGGCCUGUUUUUCAAUCGAACAGUCACCAAUUACGUCGAUUCGGCGGCGGAGGACUGGCGCGAGUUGGCCCGCAUCUACGCAAUCAUAGAAACCGACGACGACGAGGCCUACCGGGCCUUCUCGGCGGACGACCGGGGCAUCGGCGCCUCGGACUCGGAUCCGCAACCCGAGGACCCGAACGUCUCCUUCAUGCAAAAUCGCACGGCGAACCAGGAGUAUCUGCUCCAGCGAUGGCAACGCAUGCGAGACGAGAAGAUUGCUCAGCGCAAGGCGGAACAAGAUAGCGGCGAUGAUGAGGACGAUGACGUUACAGCAGCCCCGCUUUCGAAACGCGCCAAAUGUUCGGAAGUGAGGAGCAAGAAGAAGAAGAAGCCGAAGACUGGGGAAAGAGCGCAAGCGUCGAUCGGCGUAGGCGCCAGCGCCGGGGACGACGACGACGAAGCGAGCAUGGUUGAUUCAGCUUCGUCGACACUUUCCUCGGGUGCGGAGAGGCGUCGGGUUCAGGACUUCGUCGCCGGGAAGCAAAGAAUGCAGGACAUGAUGCGAAGUUCCGGAUCCGGAUCCGAAGAGGGAUCGGGGGGUGGUACGUUACCUCCGCCGCCAAACUUGGGUCCGAAGCGACAGCCAAGGCGGGUGAUUGA